AUGGGGAGGUCGUCGCCAAGAAGAGGGCAGAGAUCAAAAGAGAGUGCUGCAAAGGUUGUUGUUGCUGAGGAGGGUAAAGUGGUGAAGUUUGGAAGGAAAGAUCUUAACCCUCGUGUUGAGGAGACUUAUAAGAAGAAUGAAGAGAUUUUGGAGAGGGAGGAGGAGAGAGGCGAGGAGGAAAAGAGUGAUGACAAGGAAGCGCAAGGUACAGGUAAUGAAGAAAGCGAGGAUGAGAGUGAGGGUGGAGAAUUACAAGGGUGA